GAUUUCAGCUGAAUGGGGCGUUUGUUCAUCCAGGUCGAGAUGUCAGAAGAACAGGCUGAUAUGCGAGCUGACAGGAGGUGUGGUUGUGAGAACGAGAAGAUUGAUAGAGCUGCAUCUUGUCUGUCUCGCAUGCAACAAGGUUGUGUAAAUCCAGAAGAGAAGCGGGCUGCGCACCGAACCCUGAGGCACACCGCUGGUGGUUCAUGAUGAAGAGGUUUUUGUUCUUGUUGCUUCUGUCAGCUCUGACGCACAUAUCGUUGUCACAGACUUGUAUGUUUUACUUUAUACCAAAAUCUAUGGACUGGUCAGAUGCGCAGACGCACUGCCGACAGAAUUACAUUGAUCUGGCCACCAUGGAUGACCAGACGGAUCAGGAUGAGAUGAUGAGAGUAAUACGGCAGGUUUAUAACGGAGACGUGUGGAUCGGACUCAGUCGGAUGGAUGCGAAUGCUUCCUGGAUCUGGUCCGAUCAAAGCCCAUCCACAUUCAUGCCCUGGGAUUCCAAUCAGCCAAACAACUGGAAGGGCCAUCAGUACUGUGUGAUUGUGACUCCAGGGGCGAAACUUAACGAUCUGGGCUGUAAAAGUAACGUCCCUUCUGUGUGCUACACUGAGAGAAGCAAACAGACCGUGAGACUGGAGGUCAAAUCAAGUCCAAAUGUGAACGAUCCUGCGGUGAAGACAGAGGUUCUGCUGCAGAUAGCGAAGAUACUGAAGCAGAAGCGACUGACUGAUUAUGCAAAACUGUUGUGGAAAAUCCAGCCGGAUGGAAAUGUCUUCCAGAAGAGCCGGAAGAGUGAUGCUAUUCAACCGACUUGA